AUGACCACUGAGAGGAAUAAGCUGCAACAUUCUCUCCAUGAAGGUGUAAAUUUUGAGAAGCAAUCUGGCCGUGGAAGGGUAAAGUGCAUGUCAAAGUGGAAGUCUUCAAAAUCGAGGGUGAGCAAAGAGCAAGAGUUCUUCCCAUACAUGAGUAGGCGAGGACACCACCCAAAUGAGCUAAGAGCAUCUCCAAAUGGUGUAACACUAAAAUAG